UGAACGAACAAUCGUUUUAUUUCAGAUUAUUUUGGGGUUAUGAAUAAAGUUGAGGGAGAGGAGAGGCAAUUGAUAUCAGUAAUGCUGUUUAGUCAAGUGUUCGUUGAGAUUUGUUGAGGAGACAAGCAAGUGGAUGAGUACCGGACAGUGUUUGUGUAAACAGAUUACUAUUAUUUACAUUAGCUCUCAUCAGUGUAGAUGAUUUCUGUAACUAUUUUUUCAGUCAAGAAAACAUUUGAAUAAGCAUACAUCUGAUAGCAGCUCUUCUGCUUUUUAUUUAUAAAUUGUGAACAAAAUGGAGGCUUUGAAAACAGAAGAAGGCACUGUACAGGAGAAAAAUACUACCUCUGAACCACCCAAUGGAGAUGUCAAGUCAUCUGAUCAACUGAACGAAAGUCAUAGUGCAGUGGUUGCUGCUCACUAUAAUUCUCUUGAAGAGAAGGGUCUGACAGAAAGAAGCAAAAGUAGAAUUGUUCACCUAAGAAAUUUCAAUAAUUGGAUUAAAAGUAUGCUGAUAAACGAGUACAUGGCCUUGAUCAAGGAAGGUAGGAGUGUCGGGAGGCCGAUACACGUGCUGGACAUGUGUUGUGGCAAGGGUGGGGACCUGCUGAAGUGGCGUAGCGCGGACAUCGGUCACUUAAUAUGUGCCGACAUUGCCGGUACCAGCGUAGACCAGUGCAAGAGUCGGUACGAGGACAUGCGUCAACGCCAGCGCAGAGAACGUCAUUACCACCAGGGCUUCACUGCCGAGUUCAUUGUGGCCGACUGCACCAAGGUGCGUUUGCGAGAACGUUACAAGGACGUAACGCUGCAGUUGGAUCUGGUCAGCUGUCAGUUCUCCUUCCACUACUGCUUCGAGAGCCUGCCACAGGCCGAGUGCAUGUUGCGUAACGCAGCCGAGUGUCUCAGGCCCGGAGGCUACUUCAUCGGUACGAUGCCGGACGCCAACGAUAUCGUCGCCCGGUACAGGGCUGCUGGCUCCCCAUCGUUCGGCAACCCCGUGUACAAGAUCGAGUUGGAGAAGGAAGACCAACCUUUCCCACUGUUCGGGGCCAAGUACGGCUUCACUCUGGUGGAUGUUGUCAACUGUCCUGAGUUCCUGGUGCAUCUGCCGACCCUGGAGAGGUUAGCAAGGAAAUACGGAUUAGAGCUUGUGUCAAAAUCCAAAUUUGAGGAAUAUUACGAGAAAAACAAAGAAAAAGGAAGAGGCUUACUUGGAAAAAUGCAAGCUUUUGAGAGUUAUCCACCAUUUGAAGGAAAUUCAUUGAAUGGAGAGGAAGACGAAUACACACAUGCCAAAGACUUCAUGGAGAAAAAUAAAUGUGACAGGAUUGGCACCCUGUCAAAACCUGAGUGGGAAGCUGCUUCACUGUACAUGGUGUUCGCGUUCCGUAAGAUGAAACCGAUCACCAUGGACAGAGAGGGCAGGCCGGUGUACGAACAACAGAAUGCAGAUCAGCCUUCCGACAAGAAAGAAACACCACACAAGAGAUCUGCGGAAGUGGUGCACAGCACAGAAGAUCCCAGCCCUAAAAAACUGGAAGGAGAUAGCACUACGUGAUAACAGGGUCGUUGGUUCGUGUUCCAGUCUUUAAACUAGAAAAAAACCAAAUAGACUUCUGUGUUGAAGUCUGAUCUGCAGCUUGACCCGUGUCUUUGUUGACACCAUUCAUUCCACAUACUUCAUUUUUUUUGUUGACUGACGUUAACAUUGUCUUAGUCAAUGUUAAUUUGUGACUCAUCCUGAUUGCAAGAUUAACACGUUCUUGUCAACAUUUACCACCAUUGCUUGUUGUUUUAUAAACAUCAUGGUAUAUGACUACAACAAAUUAGUUUUCCUUCAAAUAAAUAUACCUAAUCAAUAUUCAAUGGUGGGCAAAGAAAACAGUAUAAGCAAACCCUUCCUACUUCAACUUUCUGGAAUCACUGGUUGUUUCCUUGUUCUUGCAUUUAUUCUUACAUUUGUUUUGCUUGGUUCAGCAUUAUAUUAAACACAAAUUACUUGGGAAAAAAAAACUAAAAGUAUGAAUUCUUUUGAGGGGUGUUAACUAAAAUAUGCAAAAAAUCUGUUUUAACAAUCAAAACAUACAUUCAUUUUUUUAAGUUUUAUGCAUUUAAAUAAGGUUUUAAUUUAUUUGUGAUGUAGCACAGUUAUUGCCAGCUAUAACUAAGUUGUUUUUACAUAUUUUACUUAUGUUUCUUUAACACAAACAAAAAUAUUUUAAAUAAAUAAUUUUGUUAUUUUUUCUAUUUUCUGGACUAUAAUUUAUUUCAAAUUAUUUUUUUCUAAAAAACCUAUUAAACCAUUUAAGAUUGUAAAAUCUCCCAAAAGACUGAAAACAGUUUCAAAGGAAAAUUAUAUGCAUUAUCAUGAAAUCCAAAAACGUUUUGCCUUGUUUUCAAAUAUUAAGAUUACAACAGUUGUGGCAAUUGGCAAAGCUUGGUAACAAAAUUGACAAGUUAGAGUAAGAACUGCCUACUAUAUUAUUUUCAUACAGAGGUUGAACAGCAGGGCAUCAAGCAGAAAUGGAGACCAGGGAUGUCCGAGUAGAGAGGGUUAGUAAAAUUAAUAAUUUUGCAGAAUAAUAUUAACGCUUUCAUUUGAAUUUUGCCUCAGUAAAGUAGUUAUUUUGUUGCCACCUAUUCUACGGAAUACUUUCAAGAAUUGUAAGUGCCAAAAUUUUUCGUCAUAGAUGUCUUCCAUGAUAAAAUGUUUUCUAGUUGCACUGGAGUUUUAGUAAUUGUUUAUCAAAAAAUGAUGUUUUAUUUUGGACAUUUUUGGUAGCAUAAAUUAAAAAAAAUGUAGUUCAUAUAUUUAAAUAAAUAUAAAAUUAUAACAGUAUUUUGUCCAAAGUCCUCGCCAAAUACACAGCUGUAAAGUUUUAUUGGUAUUACGGAAAAUUAAAGUAUAAAAUGUUUUGGGUUUUAAUCAUUUCAUCUGAUCUUAAAAAAGGUUAAUUACUUAAAACACCUUUUAAGUUUGUACUUGGUAAUUAUGGUUGUCUUCAGUUAAGUUAUCAUUUUAAGGUAUUUAUUGUAAACUUGUAGUUUGGGUAUUAUACAAUCAAUUUAUCUUGUUUAAUAUUGACCAACAUUAUGUUUUUCCAUUUGUUCAUUCUGUUAGUUUUUUUUUUUUACUGUUACUAAGGCUCUAUGUAAUUUUACAUUCUUUUUUGUUUUUGUGGCCUUCUUUGGAUUGUGGUGAAAUAAAUUAUUUACAUAUACACGACAGCAUAAUGAUUAAUAUUAGAUAAUAUUAUGUAGACUGUAAGCGUAGUUACUAAGGGGUUUUGUAGUUAAUUAUUUAAUGUAAAUACCUCAUAAAAUUCACAUUAGUUCAUUAGAAACAGGUUGGCUAUGCCUCCAGCUGUUGCAGGAAACAAGCAGUAUUUCAUUACUUUCAAAAUGGAAUCCAUACAGGCUAUCUUAAAUAUGUGGAAACAUUUUCACUAAGAAAAUACAUUACAACUACAUUGUUGGGUGUUAAAUUAUGUAAGAGAGAACUACAAUUAUGUAUUAUUUACAUUUUUAUUUUUUUCUCUAUAAAUUACCCUCUUCAGGAGAUUAGCCAACAAAUUGGUAACUGUUAACCUGUAAUAAUGUAAUAGGAACUGGCUAAAGACUUGUAAUAACUUAUGAACAAUGUUUUUUUUUUUUUAAUAUUGUAUUCAUUUGCAUCGGAAUACAGGUUAUGAAGUAAUGUACACAUCAUUGCACUCAGAAAGGUUUGUGCUGAGUAUAUUCAUAUAAGAUGAACAAAUUAAAAUAAAAAUCAAUCGUGUACAAAAAAUUUCACAUAGUACGUCAUUUUCUUGCUUCAUUAAUGAACUUGAAUAUUUUAUCGGAAGUUUGAUCUUGUUUUGUUUUCUCUAAAACAAAUUUGAAAUUUAUUUAGAGAAUUAUACUGUUUUAAUUGUAGUUUUAUUUCUUAAAAGAUUAAUGUUACUUUUUCGGCAGUGAAUAUAAAAUUUAAAAUACAAAUUUAUUCAACAAAACCAUCAUAAUUUCUGUGGACCUUCAAAUUUUAAUGUAUGAAUUAUGAUGAUAAUAAUUUAUGUUUUAAAUUUUGCAAGAAAAUUUUCAAUUUUUGGCAAAUCUUUUCUAAUUUUAAAAUUUUACUUUUACUAUAAAAAGCUACAUACAUUUAGUUUUUAUUCUUGUGAGUAUAAUUUUUUGUCGUCUUUUUUAUACAAUACAUUUUACAUGCAAACUUUUCUACUAUUUUUCCGAAGGGCCAAACUUGGAACUUUAGUUUGACAACAAACUUUUUCUGUUCUACACACAAUAAGUGUGCCUAAAUGAUUACCAAAAAUUAUAACUCUGAAUUAUAAAGAUAUAGUAUGAAAGAGUAUUUUGUUGUAAAUAAAACCGUUUGGAACAUGAUGGGAUAAGUGCGAGAACUAUAUUUUUUUAGAAUUUUCAAAAUAUACCUUGCAAAGCCUUGCCAGUUUAGAGGCUCACGAUUGCCAGUUGUAGUUAAUUAAGUAGGAUUAGCUGAUGUAACACCUAACCAACCUGUUUUAUAAAACCUUUGUCUCACUGCAAACCACUCAGUAUCUCAGUAAUCGUAAUCCACAUUAAAAACUGCCUUUGAAUAAGUUUUAGAUCAAAAAUGUACAUUCCAAAUUUUAAUUCAACUACAUAAUUGGUUGGGUUUUUAAAUAACAGCAAACAUAUCUUAGCUCACCAUUCGUUCAAGAAGGCGGGUUUUCAUCUUAGAUAGAUAGGCCCAGUUUUGGUAUUACUGUUCUAGAACGUGAAAUGUAAUAAGCCUGAUUUCAAACCCAUUCUCUGCAAUUGCUUUACCAUUACCAGUUAAAGGUUUAGCCAGAUAAUAAUACAAAUUUACAUAUUUUAAAAAGUUCACUAAGCAGUUUGUAAAAUAAGUCAAUGAGGAUCAGUGAUAAUUGUAUAUGGUGUUCUCCCUGCUAUAAUCUGUAUACAGUUUCUUUUCCAAUUGUCAGACAAAAUCCAGUAUUAGAUCUCUAUUUCAAUUUGACAUAUUAUCUACUUAUUUUUGAUAGAAUUUUGUCACACUUUUUAAAGAAAUAUAAAUUGCCGUAGCCCAUGCAAAACUUAAAAGUUGUUGGUCAUAUGGUAUAAAACAUAAAGCGGUGACAUUGAAAUAGAUUUUUAAACUAGUUAUGUUGUAAAAUUUAAAAUAGUAUUUUGUAGUUAAUUUUUGCUAAAUACCACCCGCACCACAGUUUUUUAUGCAUGUUAAAAAGUUGUACAACGUUAGUAUAGUGUUGUUUUCUCAAAUAUUGUUUCUCGUUCAUAAACGGUUCUCAUAUGAAUCAAGAAGAAGAUUAUUACAAGUUAUGAUUACAUGAAGAUUGACAAAAAUGUCAAGUAUGUAGCCUAAACAUCUUUUGAUUUUGCAUCUCAUAUUUCACGGCAAGAUCUUAGAGGAAAUGAAGUUGUUUUAAUUUAUACAUUGUUCGAAAAGCUGAAGAAAUAGGUUUUGAAUUUAUGUUGAAAAUGGAGCUAAUGUUGCUUUCUUAUAUUGGGAUCACUAAAUUUAUAAAAAUCGCUAUGUUAAAUAAAUUGAUUCGAUGGUGAUUCGGGUUAAAUCCUCCAGAAACAUUUUUUAUUAAUCUUAUAUCCUAUUUCAAUCUUUGAUAAUUUGCAAGAAAGAAAUAACCUACCUUGGACUUAGUAAUGUUUUCCCUAACCUCUCAGUGUGUAUGAAACACUGUGGUGUGAUUACAGUUCAUGGAACAAGGAAUGGAAUUCCUUUAAAAUCUAGUUCAGAGAAGUUGGACAUUAGGAAUAGGAAACCACCAAACAUUUACUAUUAUUGUUUGUUGCCCACACAUUUAUGAUGUCAUAUUAUUUCUACUGUGAAAUAGUUUCAGUAUGCCUCCAAACACUUACUGUACUACCAGUAUAAGAGUAAUACAUGUCCACUGCCACUCACAGCUUGAUGUUUAUUUAUAAUUAGAUUUCUUUGCAUUUUUCUGCUUAACAGUAAAUAAAACUCACAUAUGAUUCAACUGAUCUUUAUGCAUUUUGCGAUGCUGACAAGGUUGUGAUUUAGCUGUAAAUUAAAUUUUAGUAAUAAUGUUGACGUAUAAAUCAGUAUAUUCGUUUCUAAAAUAGUUUAUGUAAUAUGCCUUAGUUUAUUGUUUUUUUUUUUUUAGUUUGCUACAAGCGAAUUCGUUGAUUUUAGUUUAAUGACAGAAUAAUUGUAUGGUUUUAUAUUGUACAUAAAUCAUGUUAAAUCAUUAAAUAUUAAUAUUGGUGAUCAUUUUUGUUAUAAUUGAAUUAAAAUUUAAUUAAUGAAAAUGUUUUAUGUAUAACUUUAUCAUUAAUUUUGACUAAUUUAUUAUAUUGUGACUGAGUUUUAAGCUUCAAAACUGUAUGACAUUCUGAAAUCGGCUUACACAUUUAUACUGUUAAUUAAAUAAACUCAAGUUUCAAUGCAGA